CCCGUGAAGGCAGCAUUAGAUCUGAUUUAGUUUGUUCCAAAUCCUCGGUUCAACUGCCCGGGAAGGAGGAGGGACACUAAUUGGAUAAACGUCCAGGAACAUACGGUGGGUGGGAUCGCUUUGGGGCUGGUUCUGGAUAUUUUCUUUGCUCUACAGAACAAGUUAGGUUAGCUCAACGAGAGACCGAGGACAAGCGGGAGCAGGUGCUUGUGGAUGGCGAUAAAAAAAAAAAAAAACAGAGGAAAACUCUCCAGAUUCCCGACACGACUGAUUGUGUUGACUGCGGCUGUAUUGAUAAAAUAUAAGGGUGACUUAGUUUAGAACUACUAAUUUACCUCGAAGGGGCUUCGGGAAUAUUCCUUACGGAUUUUGGGAUUCUAGAGUAAGUUAAUCUUAAGGGAGAGCGAGCGAGAGCGGCGUCCCGUCCCGAUUCUCUGCACUCCAACAUGGAGAAAGUGAGCCUCCAGGACAUCUCGCCUCAACUUAACUGUGUGUCGAUUCGCUUGUGAACUUUUUGGUUUUGGAGAGGGAAAACGCGUCGACGUGCAAAUGCUGGAAUCCUAGCUCAGUUUUUGUUGUACUGGAGCGAAAGCGGCAACGGGGACGCAAAUCAACGAGACACGAUCCACCAUGGACCAGAGUACGGCUAAAGACAGAGUGGACAGAAUUGAUCCGUAUGGCUUCGAGCGCUCGGAGGACUUUGAUUUUGAAUCCUACGAGGAGCUCAUGUCCGAGUAUCUCAUCAUCUGCACCCGACGCUCCAUCAAGUGGUCCAGACUGCUGAAAGAUACUGGCAAGGUGCAAAGGACUGUAAAACUAAAGCGCUACGUACGCAAGGGGAUCCCCAAUGAGCACCGCGCUUUUAUCUGGAUGACGGCCAGCGGCGCUCAAGAGCAGCUGGAGAAGAACCCAGGAUACUACCAGUCCAUGCUGGUGACCCACAAUGACUCCAAACUGGUGGAGACCAUCAGGACAGACUUGAACAGAACGUUCCCAGACAACGUCCUGUUCCGCAAGUCUUCUGACCCGUGUCUGCAGAAAUCUCUGUUCAAUGUGCUGCUGGCCUAUGGCUACCAUAACCCAUCGGUGGGCUACUGCCAGGGCAUGAACUUUAUUGCUGGUUAUUUACUGAUUAUCACUAAAGAUGAAGAAAAGUCUUUCUGGCUGAUGGAUGCACUGAUUGGGAGAAUUUUGCCAGAUUACUACAGUCCUGCUAUGCUGGGACUGAAGACGGACCAGGAGGUGCUGGGGGAGCUGGUGAAACUCAAAAUCCCCCGAGUGUGGCAGGUGAUGGUGAAACACAAUGUGAUGUGGACACUGGUGGUCUCUCGCUGGUUCAUCUGUCUUUACAUUGACAUUUUGCCUGUGGAGACCGUUAUGCGGAUUUGGGAUUGCCUUUUUUACGAAGGUUCAAAAAUCCUGUUCCGUGUAGCUCUUACGCUGAUCCAUCACAACCAGGCUCUGAUCGAACAGGCCAAAUCCCUGCCAGACGUCUGUCAGGCCUUCAAAGACCUCACGCAGGGACCAUUUGUUGAAGAUUGCCACCCUUUCAUGCAGAAAAUCUUCACUGAACCGGGAAGUCUCUCCAUGGCAACCCUGACCAAGCUCCGUGCGACGUGUCGUGGUCGACUCGCCGAAGGAGAAUCCUGACCUGGACUUCCAAGAACGUCCGCCGAUGCAUUCCAGAAGGGUGGAGCUCCCAGUAGCUCGUUUACACCCGAGUCACUUUACACUGAACUUUGUCUUAAAGCAUAAACUGAGACAAUCAAAGCUGACAUGUUGUGCUUUAUGACCCGAUGAUUCCAUUUCAUGCCAUGAAAUUUGUCUUAAGUGAAGUUUCAGAUUUUUGCACUUUAAUCCAGGAUGGCAAAAGCUAAAUAGAAAAACCUGAAUGAAAACAAUGUUGUUCCCUUAAAGCACAGCCCAGGAAUAAAAAUGUCCACUGUAUAUCACAUCUUUGUCAAAAAUUUAAACACUUUUUGUUUUUUAGGUGAAAAGUUGAAUGAUGAAAUGUAUUGAUUAAAUAUUUUGAGGUGUUCAUGUUAAAACUAAUCAUUUAAGCGAAACUGUCCAUUACUGGAGAUGUGAGCUUAGUUUAUACAAUGUAUUUAAAUCAAGUUACCUUGGUGAUCCAAUACAAGCACAACCGAAA